GGCGCGCUGCUGCAGCUGGUCUGAGCCGCCCGCCUCGCUCAGUCGCCAUGAGCUUCUUGCUGCCCAAACUCGGCAGCAAAAAGGAGGUGGAUGAGGCAAUCAAGAGCGUGGCCGAGAAAGUCCUGGUCCUCCGCUUUGGCAGAGAUGAAGAUCUUGUUUGCAUGCAGCUGGACGAUAUUCUUGCAAAAACAUCUCAUGACUUAAGUAAAAUGGCUGCAAUUUACUUGGUGGAUGUAAACAAAGUGCCAGUGUACACCCAAUAUUUUGACAUCAGCUAUAUUCCAUCAACUGUCUUCUUUUUCAACGGGCAGCAUAUGAAAGUAGAUUAUGGAUCUCCAGAUCACACUAAAUUUGUGGGAAGUUUCAAAACAAAACAAGACUUCAUAGAUUUGAUUGAGGUGAUUUACCGUGGAGCAAUGCGUGGAAAACUAAUCGUACGAAGCCCAAUUGAUCCAAAGAAUAUUCCCAAGUAUGACCUUCUGUAUCAAGGCAUUUAAUGCCACACUGGGAGAGGAGUGAAAGGUGGAAUAUGAACUGCUUGAAGCUGAUGAUUCCACAUCUUCUCCAAACGUAUGCCAAUUGCAUUUUGAAAGCAAAUGGAAGAAAGGAGCUGAGACUAGUCUUUUGUACUCAGGAUCAUAUUGGUCAGCCUUAGAGACAGACUUUCAUUAAUUCAUUUUUCAAUGGAAUUGACUGGAAUUGCUUAGGCUGCAACUUAUUUAAUUCUAAUGUCAAAAAAGCUGCAGUAGAGUAAUAUGUUCUUGUUCUAAAUAAAUGCUUUUGGGCUACAUAAGGAUAUAAUUAACAAGAAUUAUUCUAGAGCUGCCAUGUCCUUUAGAAGCAUCCUGAAGAAAAGGUAAAAGUAAUGACUGGGUUUUUAUUCUGAAAUGUUAUAACUGCUCCCACUAUCUGUCCUCACUUCCCAGCCAUCAACUCAACACUACAUCUUCAUAAAUAUAAGGUAUUUCUAGUUUCACAACCCAAAAUGGGAAAUUCUUUUUUGGAAAAGGAUGGUGGGUGGGAACUUAAAUGUUAAAAUUAGUUUAUUAAAAAAAUAAAUAUUUUAAGAUAUUAAGAAUUAAACUGAACUGUAUUGUGUCAAAGUAUGAUGAUGCAAUAGGAAGGAUCAAUGAGUAAACCCAUCUUUCAAGCAAA